UUACAAUCUCAUCAUUUUAUUUUCAUUCCAAAUCAAGAGAAUCAAAUGUUUUGUUUCGUUUAGUUUAAUUAGUUUUAUUUUUUACUAAUUAGAAAGGAUAAUUUCGUGGUGAUUAAGGAUUAAGAGGUAAGAAGAUCAAUACUGUGGAAAUAAACAAAAAGCUAUUUCAACGAUCCAAGAUAUUAAUUAGUUACGAACCAGUUACAAUCAAUUGUUAAAAUCAACUUGUCUCAUGUUUGUCCGACUGAUUUGAAUUGAGUUUGUGAUUUGAAUGAUGAGCACAUUACCUGAAGCUAAUCAAACUUAUGGUACUAAGGAUUAUUGGAUUAGUAGAUUUAAUCAAGAAAAUGUCUAUGAAUGGCUUGUUGAUUAUCAACAAUUAAAAGCUCAUCUUGCUGAGAAUAUCAACCAAGAUGAUACAAUAUUAAUCUUAGGUUGUGGUAAUAGUUUACUCGGUGAAAAGCUUUACAAUGAUGGUUACAGAAUGAUUAUCUCCAUGGACUAUUGUGAAAAUGUAGUCGGAAACAUGUCGCUUCAUUGUGAUUCCUGUAAAUCCAUUAAUUGGUUAACAAUGGAUGCAACCAAUAUGACAAUUAAGGAUAAUUGUAUUGAUGUUGUUCUAGAAAAGGCAACAAUUGACACUUUUCUUGUUGGUGAAAAAAAUCUCUGGUCUCUUUCACCUUCUUCCAUUGAAAAAGUGGAUAAAACUCUUAGUGAAAUUAGUAGAUUGUUGAAACCUGAUGGAAAAUUUAUUUCUCUCUCAUUCAAUCAACCUCAUUUUCGAGGGAAACUUUACUCUAAUGAUAAAUAUGAUUGGAGAAUCAAAUCAAUUGAUACAAUUGGAGUUAAUUUUCAUCACUAUUUGUAUGUUAUUCAAAAAGGAUUAUCUCAGACAGAAUCAGCAGAUUAUUAUGUUUAUCAACCUCCAGCGAUUACCACAAUCAAAUCAGAAGAAACUAUUGAAGAACGUGAAGAAAAUGAUAUAUUCGCAAUCAAUUUGGACAAUUAAAGUAAUUAUUGUGAAAAACAAAGGAAAUUGGUUUCAAAUUCGACAGUUUAACAACAAGGAUCGUAAAUCUCAUGAUCGAGAAUCUCGACUCGAGAUGAACCGUCCAGAGGAUAAUUAAAAGAUAAAUAAGGAAAACAUAGAACGGAAAAAGUUUCUUUGUUUUUGUGAGAAAAUGUCAACCUUUUUUUUUAUUUCUUUUUUUUAUUCCGAAAAUUCUGCCUUUUGAUCCUGAGACAUUGAAGUACAUGAUUUGUAUAGCAAGUAGCAAGGAAAUGGUUGAUAUUGAGAAUUUAAAAGUGAAGGUACCAUGAAAAUUGAAAUGGAAGUUAGUUAUCAUUCCCGUUCUCGAUUGGACAUCACUCUUAAGUCAAUUGCUUUUUACGAUGGUGUUUAUCUCUGCUACGAUUUAUUCAAAGUACAUGUAGAUCGUUCACAUCGUCGUACAUCAUCAAAAUAUUAAUCAUCCUCAUCCUCAUCAUCAUCCCCAUCAUCCAUCCAUCCACUCGCCUUGGAAUCACUCUUUCACAUCACAUCACACUCGAAAUUGUCCAUCAUCAACUUAAAUAUUAGAAGUAGAGAAAGAGAUAAAGAAUCAAAUCAAAGACGUAAAAAUAUUCCAAGUUAAGAAUUUAUCCAAAAAUUUAUUUGUAUUGAUGCUUAAUUUUUUACUUUUGAAAUAAGUAUUUAUGAGUAUUAAUUUCUAGUAUUUCUCGAAGCGUGAGGACUAGAAAGAUUAAAGAUAAAAGAAAAGUA